AUGGAGAAGUAUAUCACUAAAGGGCAUGCACGCAAACUCAGCCCAGAAGAAGCACAAGAGACUGGACCGAGAACUUGGUACUUACCUCAUUUUGCAGUGACGAAUAUCAACAAACCUGGUAAGCUGAGGAUAAUGUUUGAUGCUGCAUCAGAGUACCAAGGUACUUCGUUGAAUAAGAACUUGUUACAUGGACCUGAUUGUACAAACAGCCUGACUGGGGUGCUCCUACGGUUCAGGGAGGACAAUGUUGCAUUGGUAGCUGAUAUAGAAGGGAUGUUCCUUCAGGUCGGAGUUAGAGAAGAAGACCAAGAUUCUCUGCGAUUUCUUUGGUGGGACAAAAGCUCUGAUGACCCUCCAGAAGAAUAUGCCAUGAACGUGCAUGUCUUUGGGGCAACCGACUCGCCUUGUGCAGCCAACUGGACACUCAAGAAAACUACAACUGACAAUGCUGGUGACUUUGGAGAUACCACCAUCGAAACUGUCCUGCAUAAUUUUUAUGUGGAUGAUGUACUAAAAAGCGUAGACACGAGUGCGAGUGCAGUCACGCUUGCGAACGAGUUAACCGAACUUUGUGGUAGAGGAGGGUUCAACCUCACAAAGUUUAUGAGUAACAGUAGGGAGGUCCUUGCUGAAGUGCCUAUCGAGAAGAGGGCAGCACCAACGCUUGAUUUAGAUCUUGAUGAACUCCCAGUCGAGCGGGCACUUGGAGUUAGAUGGAACGUGGAGACAGACACCUUCGGGUUCAAGGUGAGCAACACUGAGAAGGCUGAUACUAUGAGAGGAGUACUAUCGACAAUCAGCUCUGUCUUUGACCCUUUGAACUUUGCUGCACCAGUGAUAAUGCGUGGCAAGCAGAUCAUGCAAGCCCUAUGGAUUCGGAAGGCACCAUGGGACGAGCCGCUCAGUGGAGACAUUCUGCGUCAGUGGCAGACAUGGAAAAGGGAACUUGUACGGCUUGAAGAUUUGUCCAUCCCCCGAUGCUACUUCAGCAGGCCAGACCAUGAAGGUGUUGGACUACAACUCCAUCACUUUAGUGAUGCCUCGGAGGCAGGAUACGGGUCAGUAAGCUACUUACGAAUCGAGUACCCGGACGGAAUGGUGGAGUGUGCUUUCGUCGCCGGAAAGUCAAGGAAUGCACCUAUUAAAGGCUCAACCAUCCCAAGGCUGGAGCUACAAGGAGCCCUACUGGCAACACGGGUGGACCAAGCAGUUCGCCGAGAACUGGACCUGAAGCCUGACAGAGUCGUGUUUUGGACUGAUUCGAUGAUAACACUUAACUAUAUCAAUAAUGAAACCCGCAGAUUCCAGACGUAUGUAGCCAACAGGGUUACAGAGAUUCGCGAAGCGACUAAUCCUGACCAAUGGCGACACUGUCCGGGAAAACUAAAUCCUUCCGACGAAGUAAGUCGAGGUCUAACCAUAGAUGAGUUUCUCCGGGAUGAGCGAUGGCUUAAUGGUCCGAGUUUCUUGAGAGAGUCAGAAGAUCAAUGGCCAGAUAAUAAAUUUGAUGCCCUGUCUGAAGAAAGUCUGGAGACAAAGAAAGAAGUGUUCUUCACUGACCUGGAGCCAGGAGAUGGCCUGGAAAAGCUUCUAACCGACACUUCUGAUUGGAUGAAGACCAUUCGAAAGGUUGCGUGGGUAAUGAAGUUUGUGGAGUGGUUGAAGACAAGAAAGCAUGCAAAGCCUACUGAAAAGACACCUGGAGAGUCAGAGAACAAGCUAAGUCCAGACGACAUAGAACGCGCCAAGCGACGAAUAGCUGUACUAGUACAGCGGGAAAGUUUCCCUGAAGAAGUGAAGGCUCUGAAGGCAGGAAAGGAGGUGAAUGUUGCUAGUGCUAUCUUGAAGCUUAAGCCGGUCAUGAAAGGCGAUAAAGUUAUGAGAGUUGGAGGAAGGAUCUCGAUGGCACCGAUGAGUGAUGAUGCCAAGAAUCCCAUGAUAUUGCCGAAACAGAGUCAUAUCACUACUAUCUUGAUCCGCCACCUACACGAAAGCAACGGUCAUUGUGGCGUGGAACAAGUACUAUCCCUGCUGAGAGAGCAGUUUUGGAUUGUGAAAGCGAGAGUGGUCAUCAAGGCUGUUCUUGGAAGAUGCAUUCAUUGUCGCAAGCAAAGAAGAACUACUUUGAAGCAAGAGAUGGGAGAUCUACCUAGAAUUCGGAUGAUCCCUUACGAGCCACCCUUUACGUAUACAGGUAUUGACUAUUUUGGACCGCUAUAUGUUAAGCGGGGAAGAGGAAGAGUGACUGAGAAGCGCUGGGGAGCUAUCUUUGUUUGCAUGAACUCCCGAGCAGUUCAUCUCGAGUUAGCUAAGUCGCUAGAGACGGAUGAUUUCAUACUCGCUCUGAUGAGGUUCCUGAAUCGCAGGGGCCAUGUUGUGGAACUGUGGUCGGAUAACGGGUCCAAUUUUGUGGGAGCUGAUCGGGAGAUACGUGAACAUCUGGAAGGAAUGGAUCAUGACAAGAUCGAACGUGAGUGUUCUGCGAAAGGAUGCAAGUGGAUCUUUAAUCCACCUGGAGCCACCCACAUGUCAGGCGUGUGGGAGAGGAUGGUGAGAGUCGUCAAGCGAAGUCUGAAGGCGAUCCUGGGGAAGAACCCCCUCAACGAUGAAGUGCUGACCACCGUGUUUACUGAGGCAGAACGUAUCGCGAAUUCAAGACCGCUAACCCGGAAUCCAGAGAAUCCUGAUGAUGAGGAUCCUCUUACGCCCAAUCACUUUCUGAACGUGCGACCUACGAUGAAUCUUCCUACGGAUACGGAUGAACGGGCAGAUAAGUACAGUCGGAAGCGGUGGAGACAAGCGCAAUUACUUGCUAACCACUACUGGCGUCGCUGGUUGAAAGAGUACAUUCCUUCCUUGCAAGUUCGAAGCAAGUGGAACAGGAAACAGCGAAACCUACACGUCGGAGAUAUAGUGCUCGUUGCGGACGACAACGUUGGACGAAACAACUGGCCUCUUGCGCGCGUGAUUAAUGUGUUUCCUGGCGUGGAUGGAUUGGUAAGGAGUGCAGAGGUGCGCGGUAAAGGGACGACCUACAAGCGCCCGGUAACCAAGUUGUGUCUGCUGGAAGCCGAGGAUGAGGAUGUCUAGAUACGGAUCGGAUUGGAGACUCAAGGGACAGACGUAGAUAGUGUAAUAUAGAACGGACAUUAGCGUUAUGACAAUACGUUUAUAGUUAUGAACCUCCUCCGCAGGAGUUCAUGGGGGGCGGGAUGUUGUCGCCAUUAUCCGGGCUCCCUGUGUUAGAGGCCUGGUUCCGAGCUUUGCGCGGUCGCAUAGCCUCGUGCAAAACGUUUUCAGUUCGUCGAGAAUUUCCUGGAGUUUUUUAUUGGAGUUUUUGACCUGAAUCUAAUGAAUAUUGUAUGGAUUUGUUUUUGGAUGGAUUCCGCACCCGUCGAAUCUCGUGGUAAUUCGUGAUAAUUUUGAAGUUGAAACUCGUGUAGAACUUUACCCGUGAAUAUCGACAAGUGGAAAAUAAAAGUUGUGUUCAUAUCCA